AUGAAAAUGGCUUGGAUAUGCGCUGAUAGCCUGAUGGCAUUAUCAAUGAAGAAGCGCCACAUCCGCUCUGGGGAGGAUCGUCAGUCAUCUCCACCUGGACACGAACAACAAGAAAAAAAGAAAGAGGCGACAGAAGGAACAUUCGUUCCGUUUUGGACUGCGUUAGCGUGCUGUGGGGUUAUGGCCAUGGGAUUUUGCGAGAUAUCCAUCCCUCAUCGUAUUUCGGCGUGA